AUGUCGGAAACUCAGCUACGCACCCGUGCACUUGCGAGUGUUGAGUAUGCCCACCAGUCCGAGAAGUUGUCUCUCGAAACCUCCGGCCAGACGAUCGAUGGCGCGGACCAUGGCGUCGCCGUCCAAGCCAAGUUCAUCACCCCCCUAGAUCCGGUGAUAGAGACGGCAGAUGGCAACAGGCUACCCUCAGUCCCAGUCCCGGAGGCCCACAGAAUUAAUCUGUUGAAGCACCAGGCUGAAGGCCGACCAUACCAUCCUAGCCCAACGCGACCAAGAGGGCUGAGUAGGUUCGACGUGGUCGAGGCUGCGACGGCCGCACAGGCGGAGCAGAAACAAGAGGCACAUGCGGCUCAAGAACAGCAGACACAAGCGGACCAUGAAAGUACAAACAGUCGCCUCGACGAAGCUAUACCGCCAUCGCAUACCCACCCUCUCUUUCCCCCGCUACCUUUAUACGGGCCACCAUCCUUGUUUCGGGAAAUACAGUGUGCGACCUUUCGAACCACAUCGUUCUUCCUGUCCAACGCUUUCUUGGUAGUCAUCGUUCUGGGGGCAGUCUUCACCUCAAUCCCCAGGCUGUUGAACAAUUUUUGGUUGUGGUUGACAUUCCGAAGUGCUGACACUCGAAGACCGUUCUAUGAGGAAGAAAAAAGGCGGGCGAAUAAUCGCAGACUACAAGAGGUGGAAUGGACUAGGAAACAAAAACGAGCCACGCCUGUCAAGGCCGGCUUGUCGGCUUUUCCUGAUGAUACGUACGAACCACUUGAAGGAGGGCCUGACCCGCUGAUAUGCGAUAUUGGCUACUAUGCACGUAGAGUCGGGUUAGAUGUGGAAGAGUUCAAAGUUCAGACCGAAGACGGGUUCGUUCUCAGACUGUGGCAUGUCUUCAAUCCCCUAGAAUAUACCCCGGCCGCUCAGUCCGAGCGGGAACCAACCUCUUCCGAAGUUUUCACCAGUGGACGAAGCGGUCGCCAGGGACAUGUACGGAAGCAGUACCGGGACGGAAAUCGAAGGUACCCAGUGCUUCUGGUUCACGGUCUACUGCAAAGUGCCGGGGCAUAUUGCACAAAUGACGACGACAGCUUGGCGUUCUUCCUCUGCAAGUCUGGCUAUGAUGUGUGGUUGGGCAACAAUCGAUGUGGCUUCAACCCUGAGCAUAGUCUGCUGCGGUACAGUGAUCCCCGGAUGUGGGCAUGGAAUAUUCGACAGAUGGGUGUGCUGGACCUACCAGCGCUAAUGUCCCGGGUGCUGGAAGAGACCGGGUUCCAGAAGCUCGGUCUGGUCUGUCACAGUCAAGGGACCACCCAGACUUUUGUGGCGCUGGCCAAGGAGCAGCGACCCGACUUGGGAGACAAGAUUAGUGUGUUCUGCGCCCUGGCGCCAGCGGUGUAUGCCGGGCCACUGAUUGGGAAGAUGUACUUCAAGUUCAUGCGGGUGAUCUCGCCCGCCAUGUUCAGGAUGUUCUUCGGGAUCCACAGCUUUAUCCCGCUCAUGAUGACGAUGCAUCGAGUCUUGCCCGGCAAACUGUAUGGCGCCAUGGGGUAUCUUGUUUUCUCCUUCCUCUUCAACUGGACUGACACUCGAUGGGAUCGUGGACUCCGGGAUCGACUGUUCCAGUUCUCGCCGGUAUACGUGAGUGCUGAGAGUAUGCGUUGGUGGCUCGGGCGUGAGUGUUUCGCCAAUCAUAGGUGUGUCCUGGCCACACGGGAGGAAGGCCAAAUGGAGGAUGUGGAAGACGAAUCUGAGGAAGAACAGAAGGAAGAGACCAUGGCCCACAGACAAGAUCGGGGCCGAACGGCAUGGUACGAUGAACGCGUUCCUCCCAUGGCGCUGUGGGUAGCUGGCAGCGACGAUCUCGUCGACGGAAGAAGGCUCUUGAGGAGGUUCGCGCGCGGACGCGAACCUUACGUCAAUAUAGUUCACAGCAAGGUGAUUGAAGAGUACGAGCAUCUCGAUGUGAUUUGGGCCCUGGAUGCUGUGGAGCAGGUGGGCAAGGAAGUUCGAGAUGUGCUGUGGAAGACCAUGUCGGAGGAGGCCAAAACCGCGUGCAGGAAAAUAUCGGGGGUUGUAGGCAGCGAUCCAGACGCUGAACCACGAACCCUAAGGUCGGACGAGAAAUGA